UUCACUUUCCAUCACUCGACUCAGUGAUGUCAAUAUUUGCGCCAAUCCUCCUCCACUUGGACUGCCAUGGCUCUCCAGCUUUGCCUGGCCCUCUCAGUUCAUCACCCUCUCUUCAAGCUUCGACCCUUUCUAUUCCCUUGUCUCAAAUCCGAUUUCUCAUUUUCGAUCGCCAAACCUCGCAUUCCAACCCAGAAUCACAGUCCUCGCACCCAAGUCUCGGUCUUUUCCCACGAGGACGACACUUUCUUGCCAGCAGCUCGUUUGAGCAAGAGGGCUCUGAGCCUCUCGAUUCUUGCAAUCUUGCUAAAUGGUUUUGGCUCGAGCGCGUCGAUGGCGACGUUGCCUCAAGAAGUGGAGCUGGAGAGGUACACAGACUCCAAGGAGGGCUUCACUCUCCUCAAACCUCCUUCUUGGAUUAAGGUGGAUAAAGCAGGAGCGACUGUGCUGUUUGAGGAGCCAAACAAGGGGGGCAACAAUGUGGGAGUGGUGGUGAGUCCAGUUCGUCUUGCAAGCCUUGGCGAAUUUGGGAGUCCUCAGUUCGUCGCGGACAAGCUCAUACAAGCCGAAAAGCGCAAAGAAAGUACGAAAGAUGCUGAAGUGGUUGGAGUGGCAGAGAGAUCAGGCCAUGGAGGCUUAAAAGUUUAUGAGUUUGAGUACAUAGUGGACAGCACCAGGGGAGGGAUGAAAAGGAUCUUUUCGGCUGCGUUUGUGACCUCAAAGAAGCUCUAUCUGUUAAACAUCGCUCACUCAGACAAGCCGGAGAACCCACUUGACACCCAAACAAGGGUGAUGUUGGAGGAAGUUCUCCAUUCUUUUGAUGCUGUUCCUGGCACAUGAACAUUACAGUCCAUCACAACAUGACUAUUUCCUCUAUGUCGCUCCGAACAUGGUCACUGAGGCCUGAGGUAAUACACUACUGAAUUGAUGUGGUUGAAUAGAUGUCGAUCAUGGAAUUAGAAAACUCAAGAUGGUUUGUGCUUGGACUGCAACAGAGGCAUUGAAAUUAUGACCUCAUUCAUCCAAAAAAUUAUUACGUGUUAGCUUAAAAAUCUGAAUACAAUCAAAUUCUUCUGUGUUAUUCCUGGUGCAUGUAUGUGCAACAUAGAGUAGGUAUUCUGAUCAUCCGACUUGACCUCAAAACUCAACUUUUAAACCCCACAUAUCAGUGAGGGCACUUCAAGAUUCUUUUUCAUGCAUUUUUUUCUUAUGGAGAGUGGUAAACAGAAUAUCCUUUGAGCUCUUUAUCUUAC